AUGCUAAAGCUCUCUUCGUUCGGAGUGCUGGCAUCAAUUGCAUUGGCACAAGCUACUACCCUCGGCGAUGUUUGUACAACAGCCCAAGCCAAAGCCUCUAUACCCAAGAAUGGUCUGCUGUCAGGAAUCAACGUCACCAACUCCGUGAUCACAGCCAAUCCCGUCUACAAUGUCUCCGUCUCGGAUGAAGUAUACUAUCCCGAUGCUACUUUCGACUACUGCAAUGUCACAAUGACCUACUCCCACGACGGCAAGGACGAUGAGAUCCUCCUGAAUUUCUGGCUCCCAGCACCAAACAAGUUCGAAAACCGCUGGGUCUCAACCGGCGGAUUUGGCUUCGCCAUCAACGUCGAAGCAACGCUCCCAGGAGGAGUAAUCUACGGCGCAGCAACAGGCCGAACAGACGGCGGCUUCGGAGGAUUCGAUACAUCCUUCGACGACGUCUUCCCUCUGGUAAACGGAACCUCCAACUACGAAGCGCUGUACAUGUUCGGCUACCAAGCGCACCACGAAAUGUCUUCAAUCGGCAAAGCCUUCACAAAGAGCUUCUACAACCUAUCCACUUCCAACAAACUCUACGCAUACUACCAAGGCUGCUCAGAAGGUGGCCGUGAAGGUUUCAGCCAAGUCCAACGCUUCCCAGAAGAAUGGGAUGGCGCCGUAAUCGGCGCACCGGCAAUCCGCUACGGCCAACAACAAGUCAACCACCUCUUCCCACAAGUCGCCCAGCAGACAAUGGACUACAUCCCGCCAUAUUGUGAGCUAGAGAAGAUCGUCAAUCUCACCAUCUCAGCCUGUGACCCUCUAGACGGCCGCACAGACGGCGUCAUCAGCCGAACAGAUCUCUGCAAACUCUCCUUCGACUUCAACUCGACAAUCGGCCAAAACUAUACCUGCGCUGCGACGUCCAGCUCAAGCAUGCGCAAGCGUGAUAACAGCAGCAAGAACAAGAGACAAAUGCCCACAGUCGCCAGCCCAGCCCAAUCCGGCACCAUCACAGCCGAAGGCGCAGCCCUCGCAAGCACAAUCUACAAUGGUCUCCACGACAGCGACGGCCACCGCGCAUAUUUCUGGUAUCAGUACGGGUCGGAGAUGACAGACGCAGAGACAACAUACGACUUCACAUCCAAGAACUGGACUGUCGAUAUCUCCUCUCUUGGCGGAGAAUGGGUAACACGCGGUCUGCAGCUGCUCCAACUGGACAACCUCGCUGAUUUGGAAGGUGUGAGCUACGACACUCUCCGUGACUGGAUGCUAGAAGGAAUGCAACGCUACGAGGACGUCUUGCAAACUACCUGGCCAGACCUUUCUCCGUUCCAAAAAGCUGGUGGGAAAAUUAUCUCCUACCACGGUGAAUCGGAUAACAGUAUCCCGCCUGCGUCGUCGGUCCGCUUCCAUGAGUCUGUUCGGUCAAUCAUGUACCCCGGUGAGAGCUCGGUUCUUGAUGGGGCUGACAAGAUGAACGAGUGGUAUAGAUUGUUUUUGGUGCCUGGUGCUUCGCACUGUAACACCAAUAGUCUGCAGCCUAAUGCGCCAUAUCCUCAGACUAGUCUUGGGUCGCUGAUUGAGUGGGUUGAGGGGAGGGUUGUGCCUGUCACACUUAAUGCUACUGUUUUGGGUGGUGAUCUCAAGGGCGAGGAGCAGCAGCUUUGUGCUUGGCCUUUGCGGCCGCAUUGGGAGGGUGGCAGUAUGAAGUGUGUUUUUGAGAAGGAAUCUUAUGACAGUUGGGUUUAUGAGCUUGAUGCUUUCCCAUUGACUGUUUAUUAA